UUAAAAACCAGAAAGAUACGAUAUUUUUUGCAAAAAGAAUGAUCUUUUUGCGUUUAAGCUUUGUUUAAAGUUGUGGAAAUAUUUACAUUGUAUUUGCUAUUUUCUGAUGAAACUUAUGUGUUCUAUUUUCUGAUUGUGUCCAUAAAAAUGUACCACAAACUAGUUACAUGCAUAUUACAGAUUUCUUUUCAACUUGUUUUUCACGAUUUCAUAAUCAAUCUGAUGCACUUAUCUUCCACCGCAAAUUACCCGACGGAAGCAAUGGUGAAGGAUCAAGUACUGAUACCUAAACUUAAAGGGAUCUUUUCACGCUUUGGUAAAUUGACAAAAUUGAAAAAAGUUGUUUCAGAUUCGCAAAUUUUCGUUUUAGUUAUGAUAUUUGUGAGGAAACAGUAAUACUGAACAUUUACCAUGGUCUAAUAUAGCCAUUAAUUGCAUGUUUUGACGAUUUUAAAACCUAAAAAUUAUAAAGCGUUGCAACGCGAAACGAUUGAAUAAUUUGGAGAGUUCUGUUUUUGUCGUUAAAUUUUGUGAAACUACGAAAAUUGCUUAUAUAAGGUAUAAAAUACGUCAAGUAUGUGUACUUGGCGGAAUAGCUCAGUAGGCUAAAGCGUUUUUACUUCAGGACUCUAGCAGGACUCCAGGGGUCACUGGUUCGAAACCUGCUCCGGGCAAUGUUCUUUUCCUUUUUUUAAUUUUAUUCUUGAUUUUUUACUGGAGCUUUUACGAUCCAAUGUUUACAUUUAUCAAUAUAAAGCAUUUAAUGAAUAAGUUAAAAAAAAUGCCAAAAUCUGUGAAAAGGCCCCUUUAAGCGUCACUUCAUUACCUAUGAUCCCGCAAGUAGGCGCUUCAACAUACAGGGAGUCUUGCGGGACUGUCUCAAGACGUAUUUCGCUUUGCGGCACAGUCCAGAAAUCCGCAAGCGUUUCUGCCAAACAUUCACCGAGGUAAUGACGAGCAUAUCUCGACGUUUUACGUCACAUGAAUAUGCGAGCGCCUUGGCGGACUUUGCGUUCGAGCAGCCGAACUUGCAGAAGCUAUUGCUGGAGAUACAAUUUACGACACAGGACACUUACAUGUUCUUUAUCCGGAUGGCCACUGAGUCCACAGAGUUUAUUGAGAAAUAUCUCGCAGGUAACUCGGAGGAUUUCUACAGUCAAUGCCAUCGAGCAGCAGACCGAUAUGGCACAGAAAUGGACAAAGCUGUAGUAGAUCUGGCAGUGGGAAGCCUGUACACUAAUGUCAAGGCAAAUUUGAAAGAGGGCUAUAAUAAAUACAGCGCAGCGCUACGCAUAUUGAAAGGCUCUGGAAAGUCUCUACAAUUGGCAACUGCGCAUCAGCGCAUCGGAUACAACCUGAUGUUACAGGAUCAAAAUGAAGACGCUAUUACUCACUUACAGAAGUCGUUGGCUAUCUCCCUGGUAUCCGGGAAACCAUUCGAGCUCAUAGCUCUUCGGGCGUUAAACAUUAUGGGAAGUGCGCAUACCAAGUUAGGACGAUUUGAAUAGGCCAAGAGAUACCAUUUUGUUUCCCUUAAACGUCGACGGAAAAUUCAAGGCGAACAUCACCCGGAUGUCGGAAUGACAUUGAACAACAUUGGAAUAAUGUACGACCAAAUGGGCGACCGAAUAUUGGCCUUGAAAUACUUUCAACAAGGCCUUGAAAUAAGGAACCAAUCCAAGGCUCCAGAUCUUUCUCGCGUUGCUUCGUUGACGAAUGUUGCAAGCGGAUACAGUGCUGUUGGAACAAUGGACGAAGCAUUAAAAGCUUUAGACGAAGCGGAAGAAAUUUUAUCAAAACAACGGUUUCCGCAGAUAUACUAUAUUGCGUAUUUAGAUGACACGAGGGGAAAGUUGUAUUUCAAACAGGGCAAAAUAGACAAAGCAGAUGAAUUGUUCAUGAAAGCGGUACGGGGACGCGAGGAAGUGUCAUAUGGAAAAAACACGCACGUGGAAAGCUUGAUCAAUGUGAUGAAAGUGGCUGUUAAAAAAGGGGACAAUUAUAGAUGUAUUAAAACUGGGAAAACUGUGCUUUCCUUCAUUGAUGAUGUUAUUAAGCAGAGCCCGAAAAGUCACCUUUUGACUGCGUGUUACUAUUGCCUCGCAAGUGUUUACAAAGCAAUGGGCGACGAUGCAAAUGUAAGGGAUCAAGGCAGAAGUGUUGAGGCUCGAAUACCUGUAUACAUGCGAUUGCAAUGAGCGCAUGGUUGUUGAAAAAAGACAACAGCUGGCAGACAUUGAGUGCAAGCUGAAAGCAAUGACUAAAUGACAUCCAUAAAACACCAAAACAAAUCAGUUCGAUCGGAUAAAAACUAGUAUAUAGACGGUUGCGUUUAUUAGAAUUUUUAAAGUGAAUGUUGUUUAGCAAUUAGUUACAUGAUUCAACUGAUUGCCUAAAUUUUCCUACGACAUACAACCUCGGCCGAACUGAAAAGCGACCCAAUAUGUCUGCUUAUAGUGUUUUAUGCCA